AUGUAUCAUCAACUUAGCCGAGUUACUGGCAGGCUUGUGGCCUCAACCCACUUGCAAACCCCACUUUUCCCCGUGGCUCCCGUUGCUUUGCAACGAGUGGAUGCCCCAGCCAUUCAGUACAACACCACGCACAUGUCGACUGUCGCCGACGCGUGCCCAGCCCCUGGCAAGUCUAAGUUGAUCCCCGGCACCAACACCCCUUACGCCCGUAUGUCUGAGAAGGUCAUCCAGCGACAGAAACAAUUCCAGAAAGAGGAUGAUGUCCCUGUGUUCCUGAAGGGGGGUCCCAUUGAUGGUAUCCUGUACCGUUUGACCUUGGCUCUCUGCAUUGUCGGACUUGUUGGUGUCGGCCAGACCAUCUACAGCCACGCUGUACCCAAGAAGUAA